GCCCGGGCGGAUCCCCUGCGCCCCUCCAUGCGAGCGGCUUCCCGAGCCCCCGUCUGGCGAAGGCUGCCCGGAGAGGUGGGCCGCUGGCCGAGCCGGGAACAUGAGGCAGUGUCUCCUCUUGCUGACCAGCCUGGCUCCCCUGGUGCUGGCGCCGAGACCUCUGGACGACGCGGACCUUGGCUCCCAGCAGCGGCUCGAGGAGCUUGACUCUCUGCUCUCGGACUACGAUAUCCUCUCCCUCUGUAACAUCCAGCAGCACUCCGUAAGGAAAAGGGAUCUGCAGGCCUCGACACAUUUAGAAACACUACUAACUUUUUCAGCUUUGAAAAGGCAUUUUAAAUUAUACCUGACAUCAAGUACUGAACGCUUUGCACAGAAUUUCAAGGUUGUGGUGGUGGAUGGUAAAGAUGAAAGUGAGUACGCUGUGAAGUGGCAGGACUUCUUCAUUGGACAUGUGGUUGGUGAGCCUGAUUCUAGGGUUCUGGCCCACAUAGGCGAUGAUGAUGUCACAAUACGCAUCAACACUGAUGGGGCAGAAUAUAAUAUAGAGCCACUUUGGAGAUUUGUUAACGAUCCUGAAGACAAAAGAAUACUAGCUUAUAAAUCUGAAGAUAUUAAGAAUGUUUCACGUUUGCAGUCUCCAAAAGUGUGUGGAUAUGUAAAAGUGGAUAAUGAAGAGCUGGUUCCCAAAGGACUAGUAGACAUAGAACCUCCAGAAGAGCUUGCUCGCUGGGUGAAGAGGAGAGCGGACCCUGACCCCAUGAAGAACACGUGCAAGCUGCUGGUGGUCACAGACCACCGCUUCUACAGAUACAUGGGCCGAGGGGAGGAGAGCACCACCACGAAUUACCUAAUAGAGCUAAUUGACAGAGUUGAUGAUAUCUAUCGGAACACUUCAUGGGACAAUGCGGGAUUCAAAGGUUAUGGAAUACAGAUAGAAUAGAUUCGCAUUCUCAAGUCUCCACAAGAGGUAAGACCUGGGGAGCGGCACUAUAACAUGGCAAAAAGUUACCCAGACGAAGAAAAGGAUGCCUGGGACGUGAAGAUGUUGCCAGAGCAAUUUAGCUUUGAUAUUGCUGAAGAAGCAUCUAAAGUCUGCCUGGCACACCUUUUCACUUACCAGGAUUUUGAUAUGGGAACUCUAGGACUGGCUUACGUCGGUUCUCCCAGAGCAAACAGUCAUGGAGGUGUUUGUCCAAAGGCUUAUUAUAGUCCAGUGGGGAAGAAAAAUAUCUAUUUGAACAGUGGUUUCACCAGCACCAAAAAUUAUGGUAAAGCCAUCCUUACAAAGGAAGCCGACCUGGUUACAACUCACGAGCUGGGCCACAACUUUGGAGCAGAGCAUGAUCCCGAUGGUCUGGCAGAGUGUGCUCCGAACGAGGACCAGGGCGGAAAGUAUGUCAUGUACCCCAUUGCCGUGAGUGGGGACCAUGAGAACAACAAGAUGUUCUCAAACUGCAGCAAGCAGUCAAUCUAUAAGACCAUCAAGAGUAAGGCUCAGGAGUGCUUCCAGGAGCGCAGCAACAAGGUGUGCGUGUGCGGGAACUCCAGGGUGGACGAGGGGGAGGAGUGCAACCCUGGUAUCAUGUACCUGAGCAACGACUCCUGCUGCAACAGCGACUGCACCUUGAAGCAGGGCGUCCAGUGCAGUGACAGGAACAGCCCUUGCUGUAAACACUGUCGGUUUGAGACUUCGCAGAAGAAGUGCCAGGAGGCUAUCAAUGCCAUGUGCAAAGGCGUGUCCUACUGCACAGGGAACAGCAGUGAGUGCCCGCCCCCGGGAAAUGCUGAAGAUGACACGGUUUGCCUGGACCUGGGCAAGUGUAAGGAUGGCAAGUGUGUCCCCUUCUGUGAGAGGGAGCAGCAGCUCGAGUCCUGUGCGUGCAAUGAGACGGAGAACUCGUGCAAGGUGUGCUGCAGGGACCCCUCUGGCCGCUGCGCGCCCUGCGUGGACACGGAGCACAAGAACCUGUUUCUGAGGAAAGGCAAGCCCUGCACCGUGGGGUUCUGCGACAUGAACGGCAAGUGUGAAAAACGCGUGCAGGAUGUAAUCGAGCGAUUCUGGGAUUUCAUUGACCAGCUGAGCAUCAACACUUUUGGAAAGUUUUUAGCAGACAACAUCGUGGGGUCUGUCCUGGUCUUCUCCUUGAUACUGUGGAUUCCUUUCAGCGUCCUUGUCCAUUGUGUGGAUAAGAAACUGGACAAGCAGUAUGAGUCUCUGUCGCUGUUUCACCCGAGUAACGUGGAAAUGCUAAGCAGCAUGGAUUCGGCGUCGGUGCGUAUCAUCAAGCCCCUCCCCGCCCCGCAGACCCCAGGCCGCCUGCAGCCCCUGCAGCCUGUCCCUGCGAUGUUUCCUGUCCCUGUGGCUCCGAAAGCGGACCACCAGAGAAUGGACACCAUCCAGGAAGACCCCAGCACGGACUCGCACGUGGACGAGGACGGCUUUGAGAAAGACCCCUUUCCCAACAGCAGCGCCGCCAAGUCCUUUGAGGACCUCACGGACCACCCCGUGACCAGGAGCGAGAAGGCCGCCUCCUUUAAGCUGCAGCGGCAGAGCCAUGUGGACAGCAAGGAGACGGAGUGCUAGUGCAGGGCCGCGCCGAGCCCCGGACUCCGGUGUGCCAGGUCUAGGUGGGACCUGAAGAGGCAGCAGGCACUUGUGAAGAGCUGGGUGACUCAGGGGGGGCCUCGCAGCAGAUGCCGGUCACAGGUUCGGGGACUGCUCGUGCGGCUCGGCCCGCCCCCUGCUGGAGAGGUAAGGUGCAUCUAGCUUAUUUUGAGGCUUUCAGGUUUUAGUUCCUAAUCAUGAAAGUGUCCCUGGGCCUGUGGUACCAAAGCAGAAAUACAGCUGGAUGAUGUCAGGUAUUUACGUUAUUGUAAAUUAACCCUUUGUGUUGCUAACAGCACUGAUUAGAGAGAUGAUCUGACUUUUAUACACUGUAAUGAUCCACUGAGGCAUUUAGUUACUUGUGAGGACAACUGGAACAGUUAUUUAUUUUUUUGCC